CCCUGCCUGAGCAUCAUGAAGAAGUUUAGAAAGACCCGAGCCAACCAACUGGACAAGUUCAUCGAAGACCGCCACCUGCCAGACAAGGAUUUCCGCACGCAGGUCAAUGAAGCCAUCCACAUCAUCUGCAGUUUCGUGAAGGAGAGGUGUUUCCGAUGGGCCCCCGACCCUGUUCGGGUGUCCAAAGUUGUGAAGGUGAGUCCAGAACUGCCUGGCUGGGGAGAAGGGGUUUGGUCCAUGAGAAAUGUGCUUUACACGAAAGCUAGAGAAACCCACUUUUCUGAUUGUUUUUCCUCUACUCAGUGUAAGGAGAAGCUUAGGAAGCCGCUGCCCCCACAGUAUGCCCUGGAGCUUCUGACAGUCUAUGCUUGGGAGCAAGGAAGCAUGGAAACAAGAUUCAACACAGCUCAGGGAUUUCAGACUGUUUUGGAAUUAGUCCUGAAGCACCAGCACCUCUGCAUCUACUGGGAAAAGUAUUAUGACUUUGAAAACCCUAUGACUGGACAAUACCUGAGAAGGCAACUUGCAAAACCCAGGCCUGUGAUUCUGGACCCGGCUGACCCUACAGGAAAUGUUGCUGGUGGAGACCCAUGUCGCUGGCAGCGGCUGGCACAAGAGGCUAGAGCCUGGCUGAGUUACCCAUGCUUAAAGAAUUGGGACGGGUCUCCAGUAGGCUCCUGGGAUGUGUCGCCCCAAGACCAUAGUGACCUGACGUACGAGGCCUGUGGUUUUAGACAGAGCUAUAGAACCUCUCCGAGACUCACAUUCCAGGGAGGAGCCCCUCCGCAGGUGGAAGAGAACUGGACAUGUGCCAUCCUCUGAACGCCAGAAGCUCUUAAAGAUAGCCUUUUCCCACAGCUCCCUCCCCACCAGAGCCUGUUCUCCGACAGUAUCCUCUGAGAGGCAGCAGGAGAGACUCAGACAAAAGAGAGGAGUCCCAGU